ACCGCCACAAUGAUCAGUCUCUGUUGAGAAUGUGAACACGUACGUCUUGUUAAGUGAAACGCGCGCGACGCAAACCGGUAUAACAGUGUGUGUGAAUUGUCGCCUUUUUAUUUGCUAUAAAGACUAAAAAUUCCGAAGUGGAAAUUAGAAAGAAUUCUUUUUUUGUAGAAAACGUUGUUAUUCUUUGCUUUUUGAAAACCAGUUUGUAAACAAAAGUGUGUGAAGAUGGCCAAAUACGUGACGGACAAAGCGUUAUUCAAUGUCAGCCUGCGUAAUGCCUGCUUGGGCAUAUCGAUAUUCUUUCUGGUCAGUCUGGUGCUGGGCGUCGUAGCGCGACCGAGUUACUUGCACAGCAGUUCGUCACUUGUCGGCUUCAUUAUCGAGCUGCUCGCCAAUUUGGCGCUGCUUUUCGGUGUUUUGUGGAGUAACGCUUGGCUGGUCUUGGCUUGGCUCGUCGCCGCCAUGCUCUUCUUCAUACAUUGGCCCAUCGCGGUGUUGGGUGUAAUUUUCAAUUAUGGCGAUUAUCGUGCCGCAGCAUACUUCAACAAUGUAUUUCUCAUACUCUUCGAAUAUAUCAUUAUUUUGGUGAUUUUCGGCUACUGCACAUAUCUCGUCUACUCCUACUUCCAUCAAUUGCGGAAUAGUCAGUCGGCGACACCACAUGGCGUUGUAGUGUAAAUACAUAGUUUACAUAUGUACUUAUCCAUAUACUAUGGCACAUACAUUACAUACAUAUAAAUGCAUUAUGAGUACAAAAUCGAAAACGCCAAAAUAAGUUUUAUUUUUUGUUUUUAAUACUACGGCGAGAAUGUGUAGCCACCCUAAUGCAGUAAGAAAUUUUUGAUGUAUGCAUUUUGAAAUUCAUUAUUAUAUGAUUAUAUAUAUGUAAUUAUGUAUAUAAAUAUACAGAAAAAAAAAACAAAGAAAAAUAUUUUUAAAAUAAAA